AUGUUCAAGACUGGAAAGCCAAGUUCUUCCUCGACACGUCUGUCGUUGAUACAGAAGCUCGAUUUGCUCCCAGCAUUGGUCUCAAUCCUGUCGGUUGCUUUUCUAUCACUCGGUACAGGCCUCGUGCGAGGUAAAAGGGGGGCACCAAGCCUCCACCUUCACGUCGCCUAUGCCAUUUUGCGGAAGGCGACAACUCGCCUAUCCCCACUACAGCUACAAUUUGCUUCUCCGUCGACAGAGGCUACGUAUCUGCAAUAUGUCCGGUCGGCGCGACUGCCUCCCCAGACGGUAGAUUUAGGCGGCGGUGCCAAGGGCCACUGGCUCGGGCACAAGAAUGCGAAGAAAGUGUUGGUCUGGUAUCACGGAGGCGGCUUCUGCCUACCGGCCAACAUUGGCUAUUUCAAGUUCUUCGAGGACUUGAUCUGGUCACCUGCCAUCUCCGGCCAUGACUGCGCGGUCUUCGUCAUCUCCUACACCCUAGCCCCACACAUGCGGUACCCGGGACAACUGGGUCAGGCGGUCGAAGCGCUGCGGUAUAUCGUGAUGCAAACGCACCGUAGCCCGGCGGACGUGCUAGUUGGUGGAGACUCAGCGGGAGGAAAUCUAGCCAUCGGUGUGCUGUCGCAUCUGUCUCAUGUGCAUCCUGCUAUCUCGGAGCUGAAGCUGGAGGAGCCACUCGCAGGUGUCGUCCUGAUUUCACCCUGGACAUCCCUCGAUGUGAGCCCUGCUGUAUCUAACAACAUUGGGGAUCUGAUCACGACACAAGUUGGUGGCCCGUGGUCGAGCGCAUAUCUCAAUGGCGCUAAGAGAGACCACUACACUGACGCCUCUAAUGCUCCCUCUACCUGGUUUAAAAACCUCCUGGUCAAGGAAAUACUGGUGCUGGGAGGGGGUAAUGAGAUUAUGAGGUCCAUGAUUGAAGAUUUCGUACAGAAAGUCAAGGUCUCCUUCCCUUCGGUCGAGCUAUUUAUCGGAGACCGAGAGGCUCACGUUGCGCCUGUUUUUAAUUUGUACGUAGGAUGUAAGAAGGAGACACAACAAGGGAAGAAACUGAAGGAGUGGCUCAAGAAGAUUCUCUAG